UUUGAAAUAUCUUGACACGCCGAGUUUUUAGCCUAUAUAUAGGAGAGCAGCGAAAGAAGAGAGGAGACACAAACAAAUAAACAAGAAAAAGAAAAAGAAAAGAGAGUUGAAUAUUGCAGCUAUGGCUCCGACUUUCCAAGGCGAGUGGAUCAAGGUGGAACAGAAAGGAGGACAGGGACCAUCACCGAGAUGCUCACACGCCAUAGCCGUGAUCGGAGACAAGCUCUACUGUAUCAGCGGCGAGUUUACGCCAUACGAGCCCAUCGACAAAGACCUUUACGUCUUUGACUUCAACACUCACACUUGGUCAAUCGCUCCGGCCAAAGGAGACGCCCCGAAGACCAAAGUCUUAGGCACCCGCAUGGUCGCCGUGGGAACGAAGCUCUACGUAUACGGUGGCCGCAAUAAACAGUUGGUGUUCGAGGACUUUUACUCGUACGACACGGUGACAAACGAGUGGAAGCUCCUGACGAAGCUGGACCAAGAGGGAGGACCCGAUGCUCGUGUUUUCCACGCGAUGGCAUCAGAUGAAAACCACGUCUACGUGUUCGGUGGCGUGAGCGGAGGCGGGCUGAAUGCAACCCCGUUUCGGUUCAGGACGAUCGAGUCGUAUAACAUUGCCGAUGGGAAAUGGGCUCAGCUACCGGACCCUGGAGAGACGUUCGAGAAAAGAGGAGGAGCCGGGUUCGUUGUGGUGCAAGGCAAGAUCUGGGUGGUUUACGGGUUCGCGACCGCGAGUGAUCCUAACGCACCGAAACAGUACGGGUCCUGUGACUACGAGUCCAACUGUGUGCACUACUAUGACCCCGCUACUGAAAAAUGGACCGAAGUGGAGACCAAAGGACAGAAACCUGCUGCGAGGAGCUGCUUCGCGUAUGCGGCCGUGGGGAAACAUAUACUGAUAUAUGGAGGCGAGAUCGAGCGGGACCCGGAAGCACAUGAAGGUCCAGGGACGUUGUCCCGUGAGGGUUUCGCGUUGGACACUGAGACGUUGCUGUGGACGAGGUUCGCAGGAGGGAAUGAACCGGUCUCACGCGGUUGGAACGCCUCCACGACUGCCACCGUCUAUGGGAAGAAAGGUCUCCUCAUGCAUGGAGGAAAGCUUCAGACCAACGCCCGUACCGAUGAGAUCUACUUCUACGCAGUCAAUUCCGAGUAAUCAAUAUGCUCUCUGACUCUCAAAGUUUGUGAGACAUUCAAAAACACCCCCUAGGCGUUGCUGUUUUUCUUUUUAAAGUGUUUAUUAAAUCAUAAAUGUGUGUUUGUGGUUUGGAAACUGUACUCAUCACUGGAAUAAUAUAUAUGUGUUUUCGUGUAUGUGAGUUUGAUCAUGUACUUUCAUUAAAAUGGUUAUUUGUUUUAAUUUUAUU